AUGCCAUUCAGCUUAAUUCUAACAAUUGUCAUAUACUACUUACUGGUAUGUAAAAAGGAUAAUAAUGUGUUUUCAAUAAAAAUUCCAUUUAAAGAUGGUACUUAUUCGUUCGUACACCCAGGUCAUGGUAUGACCUUUACAAGAAAUGGGAAAAGGAAAAGAUAUGUGUAUAGGGUAAAAGCAUAUGAUUUUAGAUCCAUCGAGAGGAAAUGGCAAAUCGUGUGGAAUUCAAAGAGACUGUUGGAUAGAGACUUUGAACAAUUCAACAAACAGUUUGUGGGAAAAAAUAUUGGGAACGACAGGAGUGAUUCAGAGGAAGAUUUCCAAAAAGAAGGGAGAGACGAAAGUAGUGAUGCUGAAGAGAACUUCAAAAUAAAAGGAAGAGAUGAAAAUGGUGAAGGAAGAAAAUUGAGAAGAAAGUUUUACAUCUUGGAUAUGUUUCCAUACCCAUCAGCCCAAGGACUUCACAUGGGUCAUAUUCUCUGCUUUACAAUAACAGAUGUGAUUAGUAAAUUCAAACGUAUGAACGAUCAUUGUGUUUUUCACCCUAUCGGAUGGGAUAGUUUCGGAUUACCAUGUGACAGAUUAUCAAUGAAAUUGAAAGUAGAUCCAAGAAUAAUUAUAAAGAAGAAUAUUUUGAAUUUUAAAAAGCAGCUAAUAAAGUUAGGAUUUCUGUUUAAUUGGGAUGAAGAAAUUAACACAUGUGAUGAAAGUUUUUAUAAAUGGACUCAGUGGAUUAUCAUACAAAUGUAUAUGAACAGAUUAGGAUAUAAAAAGAAGUCUUAUGUAAAUUGGUCAAAAAGAAUUAAUUGUGUAAUUUCAAAUGAUGAGAUGAAAAAUGAAAUGAAUAAUUUAGAAUUUUUAAAAAUUAAAAAAAUGAAAUUAUUACAAUGGUAUCUUAGGAUUACUAAAUAUGCAAAUAGACUAAUUGAUGAUUUGAAACUUAUCAACUGGCCAGAGAAAAUAAAAAAUAUGCAAAUUAAUUGGAUAGGUGAAAAAAAAGGAAUAAUUAUAAAAGCUAGAAUUAUACUUUUUGACGAAUGGGUUAAUCAGACAUUUUUAUAUGAACGUUCAUGUAAGUUCAUGACGCAUGUUCAUUACAGUAGCAUCUACAGAAAUGUAGAACUCACGCUUUUGUUUAAUUAUUUGUAUUCGCAUGAAAUAGAUGAUGCACCUUUGCAUGGUGUUUCUCGCUAUGAAUUCUUUUCCUCAUUCGUAAGAGGGUUAGAAGAGGAUGACGCUUCCUCUUUAGCUACCUAUCAGAUGCACUCAAAGUGGCCUGAUCGUGAUGUGAAGGAGAAAAAGGGACUAAAAGAUGUGGAUCAUACAGAAGACAAGUUAGAUGAUUUUUUACAUCCGAUUCAUCUUGAUUGUAAUCGUGAGAAUUAUGAGGUACAAAAGGAGGAGGAGGAGGGUGAAGUAUGGAAUUUACUAAGUGAGGUAGAACCAAGUUUCCACAGGAUAUGCUCUUUAUGGGAAAGUUCAGAAAAAGACCAGAGUAAAAAUAAAAAAGAAGAUUUAUUAAAAGUGGAAAGCUAUAAAAUAGAAAAUGAGAAAGAUUUGUAUGUGAAAAUAUUUUUAAAUUAUAAAGAAGCCAUUUUUCAGAGAGAUAAAAUUCUAAUCAGUGUUAACCACCCGAACAUCAAGCAAAUUGUAAAUAAAAGAAAAUAUUUAUUAAACUUCGUGAGAAAAACGGUUAAACAGAGCGAUAAUGAGAGACUAAAAAAUGAAAGUAUUUAUUUCACGGGUUCGGUUAUUUACAACCCUAUAAUCAAUCAGUAUAUUCCUAUAUUUGUAUGUGCAUUCAUAUUAGAAAAUAAUAGGAAUAUUCUUUUUGUGAAAAAGGGAAAUGUCACACAAGUGAGUGAAACUAGACAAAGGGAAUUGACUCACAACUUCUUGCGUGCAUCUAAUUAUGGCAAAAGAAAAAGUGUUUAUAAUUUGAGGGAUUGGCUUUUUUCGAGACAGAGGUAUUGGGGAGAACCUUUUCCAUUUCUUUUCCCAGUGAGAAGCACAAAAGAGAAUGAGGAGUUGAAAUCAUUGGAGGCGAAGCCAAAUGCAUCGAGGGAGGAAUCUCCUCAUAUGGAAAAUGCUACCCACUCGAAUGACAACUCCUCCACCCCAAAGAAAGAAUCCACCAAUGACUCCAACAUUGAAAUUAAAAAUAUCUGCAAUUCAUUGGAUAGUGACAUAUACAUAGACAAUAUUCCUGUACAUCUACCAAAGUUUGAUAAAAGAAUAUAUGAAGUUAGUAAAAGCAAAAAUAAAAGUUAUACGCCUGUCCUUUCGAGAUUUAAAAAAUGGAUUUUUCAAAAAAAAAAUAAUGUUAUGUACAAGAGAGAAUGUGAUAUAAUGCCUCAGUGGGCUGGAUCUAGUUGGUAUUACUUAAGAUACUUGGAUUCGAAAAAUAAAGAACAAAUUUUUGAUAAAGGAAAAGUAAAAUUGUGGCUUCCUGUUGAUUUAUACGUUGGAGGAAGUGAACAUGCUGUGCUACAUUUGCUUUAUGCAAGAUUCUUCCACAAGUUUUUGUAUGACCUCAAAUUGGUUAAUCAUAAAGAACCCUUUCAGCAAUUGUUUAAUCAAGGGAUCUUGCUUAGUGCAACAUCAUUUUUUGUUUACACCACACGCAUGGGUAAUCUGAUUAGCUACUCUGCUGUUUUGCGUGAGCAAACACAAAACGGGAGAGGUGCAUCACGUGGGGUCAUACAUGACAGAUGUGCAGAUACAAACACGGGCUCUAGUGGAAGUAGCAGGUGCAGUGAUAGUAGUAAUUGCAGUGAUAGUAGCACUUGCAGUGAUAGUAGAAGUUGCAUCACCAGUAGAAGUAACAAUGGCGAUGCAAAAGGUGAACUUAACAUGGGUGCUAAAGAAGGGAGUGAGAAUGGGACUGAAAUAGAGCAUCCCGAAAUGAACCAUUCGCAUGAGAGAAAUAUGAAAAAUAAAAAUGGUAGAGGCGAAGAGACAGAUGCGCUUUGUGUAGAAAAGGAAAAAGAAAAAGAAAUAAAUAAUGCAAUAGAAAAAAUGAUAAGAGGAAUUAAACCAAUAAUGGUAGGGAAGAAAUACAAAAAGUAUCAAAUUGAUGAAGAAUAUGUAAUUCAAAGAGAAGGAAAAUAUUAUUUAAAGAAAUAUCCAGAUAUUGAAGUUAAAGCAAUUUUUGAAAAAAUGUCUAAAUCGAAAGGUAACACAGUUAAUCCGAAUGAUGUAGUGAAGAAAUAUGGGUCGGAUUGUUUACGUUUACACAUUCUAUUUUUAGGACCCAUAGAUCAAAAUAAAAAAUGGAAUUUAAAAGGAAUAAAAGGAACCUUUAAGUUCUUGAACAAAUUGUAUAAUUUUUUUAUAAAAACAAGAGAAACGACGAAUGUCAAGAGGGAUGAGAAGAUGGGAAAAUUUGGAAAGAAGAAGGAACCAAGUGAAAGUAAAAUUGUUUCUUCUAAUGUUCAGAUAGGGGAAGACCAACAUAAUGAACGAAAAGGAACUGUUAAUUUAGAAAUAAAUGAAAACAAGAAUGAUAUGUAUGAAACAGAAUCUAAUACUGUGGGGUACUAUAACAAUAACGAUAUAAUUUGCUUAUCUUGUAUGAGAAAAAAAAGAAAUAAACAAUUAAUCCUGAAGUUUGAUAAAAUUAGAAGUGGGAAAGGGCAUGAUGAGAGAGAUAGAAAAAUGUUUGAAGAAAAAGUAGUAUUAUUAAAAAAGUAUUUUCAUAAAUUGAAAAGUGAAGAUCAUUUAUCGAAAGAACUAUCAAGCAUUAUAAUAAAAAAGAAAAACAAGGAAAUUGAAAAGGAAAAAAAAGAAAAAGCAAAUUAUUACAUCAAUAAAAUAACUACAUGUAUAAAUACUAUGAAGCUAAACACGGCUGUGUCUUUUUUUAUGAUGUUUUUCAAUGAGAUAAAAAAUUGGGAUUAUGUACCUUUAAAGAUCUUUUUAAUAUUUAUUAAAUUAUUAUAUCCAUUUUGCCCACACAUUUGUGAAGAAUUUUGGUUUUAUUAUUUGAAAAAGUACAAAAAGGAGAAAAAAAAGCAUAUUUGCUAUUUUUGUAAUUCCAAAUUAAUGUUCUUUUCCAGGUGGCCAUCACUGUUUCAAUUGAAGGAAGAGAAAUUGAACAGGCUGUCCAUUAGAUUGAAUAAUAAGCACGUGGCCUUUAUUGAUAUUGACACAUCUGAAGUUUCGAACAAAUCGAGGGAUUGUGAAAAUGUGAAGAAACACCCCGAUUAUGCGAAUCAUUCACAAAAUGUCAUACGAGAGGCCACAAAUGUGAUACGGGGUCGAAUCGAAAAAGAAAAUAAAAGAGGGAAAAAACUUGUCAACGUUGUGUAUAUUCCAAAUCGAGUAAUAAACUUUGUAAUGAAAUGA